GCGUCUUUCAAUUUUUAAAUAUAUCUCUGUUGUGCCAGUACGCCUUGUUCUUAUUUCAGUGGCAUUUACUGGUCCUGAGUGUUGUGUUGUGUUUCAGAUCGCUCCUGCUUGCAAGUGAACGCGAAUAGUACGUGCUACAUUUGAACCAUUUGGAUCUCGCGCUAAAUACUCGAUGUCUUGAAUCUGAUUGGUUCGUCCAUACCUUGUGGUCAUGUCAACCGUAAACUUUAAUCUAUAUAUAAAUACACGUGAAGCUUUCAGUGAAAGAUUUCCCACAUACUUAUGUCGCGUCAGUUAAAUUUUGUAACUGGUAAUCCAAACAAAUUAUCUGAAUUCCUUAAAAUUAUUGGUGAGGAAUUUACUGGAAAAGUAAAAACAGUUGAUCUAGAUUUACCUGAAGUUCAAGGUAGUAUCGAAGAAGUGAGUAUACAAAAAUGUUUAUCUGCUUUUAAAAUAAUCAAUGGACCUGUAUUAAUCGAAGAUACAGCACUUUGUUUUAAAGCAUUGAAUGGAAUGCCUGGGCCUUUCAUUAAAUGGUUUUUAAAAGCGGUUGGUCCUGAUGGACUACCUCGUAUGUUGAUUGACUUCAAUGAUUAUCGUGCAGAGGCUGUAUGCACUUUUGCUUAUUGUGAUAGCCUUGAAAAACCAGUACAAUUAUUCACUGGUAUCACAUCAGGUUGUAUUGUUUCACCUCGUGGACCACGUGAUUUUGGAUGGGACUGCAUAUUUCAACCGGAUAACUUUAAACAAACUUAUGCUGAAAUGGAUAAAUCUACCAAAAAUUCUAUAUCACAUCGAUCUAAAGCGUUAGAAAAAGUGAAGUCUUUUUUGCUGAAUCAUGGAGUUUAAUGAAAGCAGUAUUUUUUUUCUCAGUUUUGAACAAAAACAAAAGUUUAUAAAAGGAAUAUUGAUAUUUUGAAUUAAUUAUUUUAUACAUUUAGAUUGAACUACUUUUUUUCAUUUAAAGUAACAUAGAAAUAUUACUGAUUUAUGUUUAAACUCAUUAAAUAGGAUACAAUAGACAAACAUCAUUAUUUCUUGAUAAAGUUAAAUGACUAGGUUUUUCUAAAACGGGUUUCUUCUACUCACUCGUUCGGAGUUUAAAGAUCC